AUGAACGCACCCGCCGUCCGCAUCUGGACGGAGCAGCUCCUGUUCCGGGGCGCCUUCUCGCGGCCUGCCGCCGCCGGCCGACCCCAGACCUUCACUCGCACCCUCUCCCACUUCCAGCCAAGAGCCCCGCGCGGAUCUCUCCAGCGCUCCCCGCUCUGCAUCCUCCGCAAUGGGCGUGCAACCGUGAACCCACGCUUCCGGACCCUCCGCUUCAAGAGCGACAAACCGUCACACACGCCCAACCCCACGCCCAAUCUCGGUAGCCCUGAGCCUGCACUCACGCUCUCGCAGCGUCUGAAGAGGCUCUCAAAACAGUACGGAUGGCUGGCAGUGGGCGUCUACUUCGGCCUGUCCGCUCUCGACUUUCCCUUCUGCUACCUCGCAGUGCGGAUGCUGGGCACCGAGCGAAUGGGCCACUACGAACAUGUGGUUGUGGAGGGCAUCAAAUCCCUGAUACGAAUACCGUUUCCCACUCUGUUCCAAGGAUCUCGGGACCUGGAGGGCCCCAUCGCCGAGGAGAUCCGGGAGGCUGCCGAGAGAGAAGAGACCCUUGGGCACGACGGCGGUAAGGUCGUGGGCCACAAUGGAGCUGCUGAAGCAUCGCUCUGGACCCAGCUCGCGCUGGCCUAUGCCGUCCAUAAGUCGCUCAUCUUCUUCCGAAUUCCGCUCACCGCAGCUGUUCUUCCCAAGGUUGCAAAGACCCUCAGGAAAUGGGGCUGGAAUGUCGGCAAACCCAAGCCAACCUAA